AUGGAGAACGAAACUUUCAAUGCAGAUAUUAUACUCAUUGAGGGGUUAAAGGUCAGCCCCGAGUCCUCCGUUGUUGCCUUCGUCCUCCUCCUCGUCAUCUACGUCUUCAUCAUGGUGUCCAACGUGGGCCUGGUGGUGCUGAUCACCAUGGAGAGGAGCCUCCAUGAGCCCAUGUACCUGCUCUUCUGCAACAUGAGCGUCAACGACGUGUUCGGGGCGUCGGCCAUCAUCCCCCGCCUGCUGGGUUACGGCUUCACUGCCCUCUCUGAGCGCUACAUCCGCUACGUGGACUGCGCCGUCCAGGCCUUCUGCGCUCACUUCCACGCCGGCACCUCUCACGCCGUGCUCAUGAUCAUGGCGUUCGACCGCUACGUCGCCAUCUGCAACCCGCUGCGGUACGCCACCAUCGUGACCAACAGGAUGGUGGUGAAGCUGUCCGUCGGGGCCUGGGCGGUGGCCUUCGUCCUAGUUGCCAUCCUCCUGGGCCUCAGCGUCCGGCUGACGCGCUGCAGACGAGUGAUAAUCAACCCGUUCUGCGACAACGCCUCGCUGUUCAAGCUGUCCUGCGAGAACCUCCUCAUCAACCACAUCUACGGGCUCGGCAGCGCCGUGCUCAUCCUGGGCUCGUCGCUUGGCAGCAUCUUGCUCACCUACCUGAGGAUCACCAUGGUCUGUCUGAGCAGCAAGAACAAGGCGCUCAACAGCAAAGCUUUGCAGACCUGCGCCACCCACCUGGCCGUCUACUUGAUCAUGCUGGUUUCGUCCUUCACCCCGAUGAUAAUGCACCGACGGCCUGAUUGGGCGGACAACGGGAAGGUAGCCUCCGUCAUGUUCCACGUCGUUCCUCCAGCCCUGAACCCACUCAUCUAUGGGCUGCAGUGCAAAGAGCUCAGGCAGAAGAUCAUCAGCGUGUUCCACAAGAACAAAGUCACGGGAGGCGAAAGUGCUUUGAAGGGACAAACUUUCCACAAAUGA